AACCAACUAAUUUCGAUAAAAUACGAAAAAAAAUUGACGUAUGCGAUUAAUUGUACAGGAGUUUCAGUUCGAUACUACACAAUCUCAUCUCAUUAGCUAUUACAUGUGUAGGUAGAGGUACUUAGUUUCCACGUUUAUAUGUAGGUACAAUUGUGCGUUUUUUAAUAAUGCAAGUGCUAUUGUUUGAAAUACUAUUCUCGAAGUUGUUCCAUAGAUAGCUCAAUACUUAUUCGUUGGUAUACGUAUGUUAAUUGUUAAACGAAAACAGACGAACUUUUGAGUGCUGUGAUUGACAUAUUACUCCCCCAUUUACAUAGAAGGUCACUCGUUCAAAUGGCAUGGAUUCAAAACAAAUCAGUCGCUUCAAAGAUUCACAUUCACGCAGAUAACACCUUGAGUCGGUGAAUCAGAUCAAAGCACAUUGAAUCGUGGAAACUUUCUUCUUUUAGAAACAUGUCAUCAAAAGAAAAAAAGUCCAGAAAACUUUCUGAUGAUGAAGAAACAAAAAGAUCAGAACAUCAUAAAAAGCAGAAAACUGGAGAAGGUGCACAGGAUUUGACAACAAAACAACCAGCGCCAAGUUGCAGAUCAGUAACUGUUGAUAACGAAGAAAAUGCAACACAAAACAGUACGGUUGAAAUAAACGCAUCCAAAACUUCUACCUCGUCAACAGAACUAACACUGAAUGAAGACCUUAAAUCGGAACCAGAAGAAACUGAAGAAUAUAAAACUGCAAGGUUAAAAAAUCUUAUUCGUGGUAUUGAUUAUCAAUUAAAGUUAUUAAUUUACUUUAUGCAACGUGGCCUUGAACAGUAUACUUUUGCUUUAGCAACAGAAAUGGCUGAUGCAGCAGAUUUUGAUGAUUUAGUUUUUAGAUACAGAGAAAAAAACGGCGAGUGGGUAUAUCGCUUUUUGCAAGCUAAACAUAUACGUGAUAAUAAAAAACAAAUCACUGCUACUGAUUUACUCAGCGAAGCCAAAAGCAAAAACAAUUUUGGCCUAAAAAAAUAUUUUGAAUGUUUUCGCAAAAUAAAAACACAUCCGACGUUUAAAAAUUGCAAGAUUGGGGAUUUCAUAAUUUUUACAAAUAUUGGUUUAGAGAACAUUGAUUAUUUCAUGCCAGUAGAAGAAAAUGAUGAAAUAUUAACUUUCGAGGAGGGAAAUGCUAAACUACUGAAAUUUGAUAUUGAAAAAUUUCCUGCAAAGGAAGACUUAAGAUCUAUACUAGGAGGCAGUUCACAUGAUGUUGAGACUGAAAUAACUGAUUUUUUCGAUAAGUUGGUAUUUGCCGUUGAUAUGCCUGAUGAAGCAAGGCUCGAUGAAAUCAUUGCAAAAAAUAUGAGCCGAGAAUUCAACUUGAUGGACAGUACUCUAGUCACGAAUGACCUUUACAUAAAUAUAUUAAAUUGGUUGAGAUCAAAAAAAAGGUCCUUUUUUAAAAAUCAAUGGGGGAAAAAAUGUUUUGAAAAAAUAAAGCUCAGUAUUGGCAAGUUGAAAGUAUCCGGUAUCACCUACAAAUACUGUGAAGAAAUCAAACAAUAUGGCAUAGAAUUUAACAAUAUUCCUUCAAAAUUAAGCAAUUUCUUGAAUCACACAGAUGAACAAAUUCUCAUCCUUACUAGUUCAUGCAAAACCACCAGAUUAAGUGCAAUCAAAGUAAUCCAAGCAUUAAAAGGUAUGAAAAAGUUGUGCAAGGCUGAUGACAGUUUCAUUUCUAUGCAUUUCAGCUCUGUGCUGAAAACGCGAGUUCUGGUUGAAAAUACAUUUGGGUCUGAAGAAACACAUAAUUUAUUAGUGGUUGAAUGCGCAGAUAAGAAGAAAUUAUUUAAAACACCAUCUAAAAUUGAAGACAAUAAAAAAAAGUUAUUUAAAGCACUAUCCUCUGUAGUAGAAAAAAGGCAUGAAAAAAAAAUUAUUUUUAUUACUCAGGAAAAUAAUCCUUUGAUUGAGGAAUUUAAAAAUAAUUUGACUGAAAAAGUUAAGUGGAGCGAGGAAACAGAUGAGAAUAACAGCUUGACUGAUCUGAAACAGACCUCACUAGAAAAACUCUGGAAAAGAGAAAUUUUUGAAUUUCAAGAAGGACAAAAGUGUGUAAGUUUGAGUACAUUGUUGGCAAGUGAAAAAUCAGAAUAUUCAUUACGGAAAGCAAUUGAAGGAGAUCUUUUAUUUGGUUUGAUUAAAGGUAGUAAAAAUAUUAAGAUAGGCAAAGCUCCAAAAGAUUCAAAGUACGAUCAUGUUAAAGAUUACUUCAUCAACCGGGAAUUUUUCCGACAUGAAUACAUUCAUAAAAAAAUUGAGCAGGAGUCUAAAUUCUACGUAAUUCGCCAGAAACAGGACAAUCCUCCGUUAACAAAAGAUAUAAUAGUAAUUUCUGACACAGAUGAAAAGUUCAAGCAGUGCUGUUAUAAGUAUGCAUACAAUAACAUUCACUGGCUCAAGCAGGCUGAAAAUAAUUAUGUAUGGCAGCAGUCUAUGGGAAGUAUAUCAGAAUUACAUAAAUUCAUAGACAGGGAAGUGGAAGAUUCGAAAAUCAGAAAAACAAAACUAAAUAGCAUUAUGGAUGUACCUGAUGAAGUGGUCCUUAUUGCUGCUGCCCCUGGUAUGGGGAAAUCAAUCAUCUUCUCACAUUUAGCAAUUAAUACACAGUUUACCUCAAGUCAUUUAUGGAUUUUGAGGUGUAAUCUGAAAGAUUAUUCAGAAGAGUUAUUUAAGUGGAAAAAGGAAUCUGGUGUGGAAGAAGCAAUAAAAUUCCUUUAUAAAAUUACAGAAUUUUCAUGCAAAAAAGAAAUUGUAGAAUUUGACUUUUUACAUGUACAAAAUACUGAAAAAGUAGAUUUGAAAUGCGAUAAAUUGAAAAUGAUGAAAUUGUCAUCAUUAUGCCUGUUUGAAAUCCAAUUAUUUACGCAUUUUCUAAAUCAGCGCAACAUAGCUCUAUUACUAGAUGGAUUUGAUGAAAUCAGUCCAUUAUACGAAGAAAAACUUAUCAGAUUUAUUCAGGUCUUGAAACGUCAUACACAAAAAAUAUGGAUGACUACUCGCCCUCUUGAAGCUCUAACAAAAGCAGAAAAUUUGUUCAAUACAUUUUCAUACAAGUUGUACCCAUUUACUUUCACUGACAGCAUAAAUUUCUUAACUAAAUUUUGGAAGAAGGAAUUAGAACUAGUUGAACUGGUUGAACAAUGCUCCGAAGCAUUUAUUGAUAAACUGCUACAAAUAUUUUUAAGAAGUACAGACUAUUCUGAAAAAAAUUUUGCUAGUUUUCCAUUGCAAAUAUACAUGACUGCCAAAAUGUUCUUAAAUUUAUUCAAAAAAAUUUAUCAAUCAAAAAAUCAGAAACUCCCUUUAAAAGAUAGAAAUGAAUUCCAAAAAAAGUUGAAUUUUAACACACUAUAUCAUUAUGAGGACUUCAUAAUAGAAAAAUUUUAUGAAGAGCAGAGAAAAUCAAAUCCUGGUUAUGAUCACACUAUUUACACAGUAGAGAAUUCUUUUAGACAUGAAAAUGAAUGUAUCAUAAAUUUUUAA